UCCUUCUUCCCUCGUCCCAUUCGAAACCCUUCCUGAGCUCUUGGGGAAGGAGGGCGAGAGAGAACCCUCUCCUAACCUCCUCCGGUCGACGCAAAAAAUGGCUUUUUUUCUCCUUUCCUAAUAUCCGUGUUCUUUAGGGUUUUGUAUUCUUCGAUUUGUAUAUCCGCUCACGAGGGACAGGUUUUUCUGUGAUCGUUGUGGGGUUUUGGGAUCCACUCGGGUUUCAUAAUUGAUGGGUUGCACGAGUGGUUCUUCUGGGAUGCAAGGCUAUACCUAUCGAUAUUCUCAUUGUGCAAGCUAGGGUUUUGCUGAAUUCUGAUGGGAUUCAGGGCAAAUUUAAGCAUAGUAGUUGGUGAAGUGUCGGGUUCGGCAUCAUGGAUAUGUUGCUAUAUUAUUCAAUUCCUUUUGAGAGGUAUUAUAUGCUGUUUUCAUUUCAUCUUUAGGGUUGGAGAUUUGUUUUCCUAAGGAGUUUGCACCGCUUGAGUUGGGAGCGUCUGGGAGAUGGAAGAACAAUUCAUACUCCGGGUCCCCCCUUCUGUGUCUGAACGAAUAGAACGCCUUUUCAAUGAGAACGCUUCCUCUUCAGAAGACGGUUCGUUGGAUUUGUCCUUUUCAGAGGAUGGAAGAUCUGGUACUUUUAUGAUUGGCAAUGAAAGAUUUCCUGCCUCCCUCUUGGAUCUUCCUUGCAUAGUUGAAUCUUAUAAAACUUAUGAUGAUAGUGUGUUAAUCAAAACUGCUGAUAUUGGUCAGAUUAUUACGUUAAGAGAAGAAGGCGAUCCUGCUCCAGAAGGGAUCGAGUACAAGCAUGGCCUUACCCCACCAAUGAGGGAUGCUCGCAGAAGGCGAUUCCGCAGAGAACCUGAUCUUAAUGUACUGUACCUAGGUGCAACUUUUGUCUAUGAUAUUUUUGGUAGUUCUCACAUCUUUUUGCAUGUGCAGCCGGAGCUUGUCCAGCGGGUUGAAAAAGAUCUACUCAAUAUCAUGUCUGGUGGGACAGUAGAGAGUUUGCAUGUUGAAAUGGUUGGGCCUGAGGCAGGUGGUGAGCGCAAGAAAGAUGCUCCGACGCCUGUGGCAAAGCCAGAAGAUGUUCCUUUGGAGGUUGCUACUAAUGGGGGCGGCGAACGCGAAAGAGGUGACUCUGAUGAUUCGCUGGAGCCUGAAAGUUAGGGUAGCAGGUACUGACUUGGUUGGUAGAAUGUGCAUUACUAAGGCUUCUCAUAGCUUUACUUUAGCCCUCUGAAGUGCAUGAUAGAGGUGCAAAUUGUGCUGAUCUCCUGCAGACUUUGGCUGCAACAACCGAGAGGUUGUAGGAAAAGGCCCCCAGCUUGUCCUCUAAAAGAAGCAUGCUAAAUUGGCCCAUUAACUUCUAUAAGGUUUUACAAGUGCUUAUGCUGUCAUGGAAAAAAACUCGCGUUAAAUUCUCUUGGCCUGUCUUGGAACUUCAAAAACCUCAUUUUGGAGGAGAAUAAAACUGGUCCCGGGUCGCUUUUUUGUUACAAUCCUACAUUUUCUCAAAGGCAGUUCUCUUGUAGCCCUUUUGCAUUGGAUAAUGCCAAUUUUUUGGUUGCCUGUAUGAAGCUUAGCUAAAGAAAGAGGCUGUGCCAUGCUUGUUGUCAAA